CCCAGCCUGGAAAGUGAGGGAGGCUUCCUGAAGGAGAGAAGCCUUAAUUUAAUCUUACAACAACAACAAAGGAGAUAACUAGGUGAUAUGACACAAGAUAAUCAGGCAGAGGGGACACGAUGAACAAAGUCAUAGAGGAAAGGCAGAUUUUCCUGAAAACGGUGAGGCUGCCGUCCCGGAACCACGAAACGGAGGAUCCCCAGGUAGCACGGAGGACUGAACGUAACACCGCCACGGGGCGCCACAGUCCUUGAGCUUCUCUUUCUCCCACCCCGGAAAUACAACUUAUUUUUUUGUUCCGCCCGCUUCCUUUUGCUCUUUCUAACUCUUUCCUCUCCGACAAUUUCGGAGCGGAACCUUUUGCUUUGUUCUUCCCAGUUGAAGCGUAGGACCAAUUUCGUGGACACAAUUCCGUUUGGCCAGUAUGGCAGCGGCCGUACGAUCCCUCGGUAGAGUCUUGUUGCAUCAUCAGAAGCAUAGUCUUUUCAAGAUGGCUUAUCAGACAUCUAUAUCUCCUUGUUCUCUAAACAUUCAGGUGCCCAACAGACAUUUUGCUGCUGUUACAAAAGCUGCAAAGAAAACAAAAAAAGGCCCCAAAGAAAAAGCAUCAGAUGAUAAAAAGGAUGAUAUAGAAAAAAUAAAGUCAUACCCCUAUAUAGAAAGCGAGCCUGAGGAUGAUGUCUAUUUAAAACGCUUAUACCCAAGGCUGAUGUACGAGGUGGAGAAAGCUAUUUACUUACUUAAGAAAUUUCAAAUUCUUGACUUUACAAAUCCAAAGCAAGGUGUUUAUCUUGAUUUGACACUGGAUAUGGCAUUGGAAAAGAAGAAAAAAGUGGAACCAUUUGCCAGUGUUGUUAAUUUUCCAUACCCAUUCACUUCAGAAAUCAAUAAAGUUGCUGUAUUUACAGGGAAUGCAUCAGAAAUUAAAAUGGCAGAAGAAAACGGAGCUGCGUUUGCAGGAGGAACUAACCUGAUUCAAAAAAUUUUGGCUGAUGAAAUUCAUGCAGACUUUUAUGUAGCUGUCCCAGAAAUAAUGCCUGAACUUAAUCCAUUAAAGAAGAAACUGAAAAAAAAAUUUCCAAAGCUUAUUCAAAAUUCCAUUGGCCGUGACAUCCCGAAAAUGCUUGAAUUAUUUAAAACUGGACAAGAAAUUAAGGUAGACGAAGAAAGGGAGAACUUUCUCAAAACCAAAAUAGCAACACUGGAUAUGUCAAAUGACCAGAUAAUUGCCAAUCUACAAGCAGUUAUUAAUGAUGUUUGUAAGCACAGACCCCUGAGAUUGGGACCCUUUGUGGUACGCGCUUUCCUUCGUAGUUCAACAAGUGAAGGUUUGUUACUAAAGAUUGACCCAUUGUUACCUAAAGAAGUGGAAACCAAAGAAAGUAACAAAGAAGCUGCCUGAAAGUAUUGAAUUAUGAAAUUAUUUUCAGUGGAUUAAAAAUUUACAGAGAAAACUACAAA